GAACUGAUCAGUGACCAGACAUAUGGAAGGAUGAUUGUAAUUUUAAAACAUUCAGUGCAAGGUCCUAUGAUUUACAAUGUAGGAAAUAGAUGUGAAAAGACAUAUUGCUCAUGGAAUAUGAUUACAGUGUGUAUAUACAGUAUACACCAAGUGCGGUACAGCAUACAGUAUAUAACUAUAUUAUAGACCGUAUUAUAGUAUUAAUAUUAUAGACUGUAAUACAGUCAAUGUAACUAAUUAAUACAUUUUUUACACUGUCUUAUUACAUUCAUUGGGUCUUACACUCACACUCGAGUAGAUUUAUAGAGCAGGAAGCAACAUGGAUGAGCUUGAUUUGCUGUUGGAAGAGCUGGCUGUAACAUCAGCUGUUUCAGCAAGCAUUGAUGAGAACAGGAGCGGUGACCCAGCUUCUAAGGAGGUGCCAGGUGGAGUUUAUGCUGGACUUACAAAGAAAGGAAACGACUCUGUCACCUCAAAUGUCUACAGUGAUCUGCCAGCUCCUGUGGCAGCUCCUGUGCACCCUGACUCACCCACUAAGGAGCUGGAUUCCGUAUUGCAAGAACUGAUGGGUCUGGCACAAGGGGAUCGAGAGUCUUCAUCGACCCCACCACCACUAACACAAAAACAGUCAGUAAAAAAGAAGAGAGAAGGUGGACAACAGGAGAACAAGGAGAGCAGCAGCUCAGCGGAUUCAGAUGCGAAGGCCUCCAGCAAAAAAAAAGAUGCUAUAGACGACCUGCUAGGAGGGCUGAGCUCUGACUUGGAAAAGAUUGGUGUCCGUACGACAACCAAGGGCCACUGUGCUUCCUGCAACAAAUGCAUCGUAGGAAAGAUGAUCACAGCGUUGGGUGAAGUGUGGCAUCCUGAACACUUUGUGUGUGUGGUGUGUAAGACCGAGCUGGCCACCACAGGCUUCUUUGAGAGAGAAGGACAGCCGUACUGUGACAAAGACUACCAACAGCUCUUCUCUCCUCGUUGUGCCUAUUGCAAAGGGCCCAUUGUGCAGAACAUCCUGACAGCCCUGGACCAGACCUGGCAUCCAGAGCACUUCUUCUGUACACACUGUGGAGGCCGGUUUGGACCUGAUGGUUUCCUAGAGAAGGAUGGGAAGCCAUAUUGUUGCAAGGACUUUUACCACCUCUUUGCUCCUAAGUGCGCAGGCUGUGGGGAGUCAGUGAAGGAGAACUACCUGACUGCUGCCAAUGGCACCUGGCAUUCAGAGUGCUUCGUCUGCGCGGACUGCCUGAAGCCCUUCACUGAUGGCUGUUUCAUGGAGCUGGAUGGUCGACCCCUCUGCUCACUGCACUUCCACUCCCGGCAGGGCACCCUGUGUGGUGGCUGCGGUGAGCCCAUCACAGGCCGCUGCAUUGCUGCUCUUGAUCGCAAGUUUCACCCCGAGCACUUUGUGUGUGCCUUCUGUCUGCGGCAGCUCAGCCAGGGUAUCUUUAAGGAGCAGAACGGAAAACCGUACUGCGGACCUUGCUUUAACAAACUCUUUGUUUAAGACAUACAGCGCAUAACAUGCAAAUUAUGCACUUUCCACUUAAUUGUUAAGGUUUUAAUGUCCUUAUAGCGUGACUGAUAAAUGAAAAUGAGGCAACUACAACUUGUAUUAACAUCGUUAAGACUGUGCAGAUGUGACCGAGCACUUUGUGUGUGCCUUCUGUCUGCGGCAGCUCAGCCAGGGUAUCUUUAAGGAGCAGAACGGAAAACCGUACUGCGCACCUUGCUUUAACAAACUCUUUGUUUAAGACAUACAGCGCAUAACAUGCAAAUUAUGCACUUUCCACUUCAUUGUUAAGGUUUUAAUGUCCUUAUAGCGUGACUGAUAAAUGAAAAUGAGGCAACUACAACUUGUAUUAACAUCGUUAAGACUGUGCAGAUGUGCAUUUGUGCAGAUGAGAAAUAAACUUUCCACUGCUUUAAUA